AUGCUCAAUUUUACUGAUGUAACGGAAUUUAUUCUUCUAGGAUUAACCAGUCGGCUCGAACUGCAACUCCUUUUCUUUGUGGUUUUCCUAAUGGUCUAUGUUGUCACUUUGGUGGGAAACCUUGGCAUGAUUGUAUUCAUCCGAAUUAGCCCGCAGCUGAACAGCAGCCCCAUGUACUUUUUCCUCAGCCACCUGUCUUUCGCAGAUGUAUGGUUCUCGUCUAACGUCACCCCUAAGAUGCUGGAGAAUUUGGUGUCGAAGACCAAAACCAUUUCUUACAUGGUGCAGUGCUUCUUCUUCAUUGUCUUCGUCCACGUGGAAGUCUUCGUGCUGGCUGUGAUGGCCAUCGACCGCUUCAUGGCAAUCGGCAGCCCACUGCUGUAUGGUAGCAGGAUGUCAAGACCCAUCUGCCUUCGGCUCAUCUCUUUCCCGUACGUGUACGGCUUCUUCAUCACUUUCAUUUCAACCCUGUGGACUCACGGGUUGUACUACCGUGGGAAGCUGGAGAUCAACCACUUCUACUGUGCAGAUCCAGCUCUGAUCAAGAUGGCCUGUGCAGGAACUUUCAUUAAAGAAUACACCAUGCGUACCCUAGCCGGACUUAACUUUUCCUAUUCCCUAUUGGUCAUUAUCGUCUCCUACAUAUUCAUUCUUAUUGCCAUCCUCAGGAUGCGCUCUGCAGAAGGGAGAAAGAAGGCCUUUUCCACCUGCGGAUCGCACCUGACAGCGGUCACCAUAUUUUAUGGAACCCUUUUCUUCAUGUAUCUCCGGAGCCCGACAGAAGAAUCUGUGGAGCAAGGGAAGAUGGUGGCUGUGGUUUACACCACAGUCAUUCCGAUGCUGAACCCCAUGAUCUGCAGUCUCAGGAACAAGGAUGUGAAAGAAGCCGUGACAAAAGCCAUCCGUGGAGCAGUCUUGACGAAGUAG